GUGGGGGGAGGGUUGGGGGCGAGAGAGAAAGUAACUCCAGGACGAGACCGGAGCGACCCGCGCGCAUCGAGCAGCAGGCGACGGGGCUGCGCCGGGCGCCCGACACCGGCGGCCGCUGGGGGCGCGGGGGCCCGCUCCGCCGCGCUCCGGCUCCGAGCAGUGGUCCCGGGAGAAGGGUCGUGGUCCGCCGCAGAUGCUUUUGUCGGAGGUUCAGUGGAGAUUCGGGUCAAGGCCUAAGGCCUGGGGCUUCCAAUGAUACUCUGGGCAGGGAUGGAAGCCUAGAUGCCUCACCGCAAGGAGCGGCCGAGCGGGUCGUCGCUUAACGCACACGGCAGCAGCGGCGUGGCGGAGGGAGGAAAUAUGUCCCGGCUGUCACUCACCCGGUCGCCCGUGUCUCCCCUGGCUGCCCAGGGGAUCCCACUGCCAGCUCAGCUCACCAAAGCCAACGCACCGGUGCACAUUGACGUGGGUGGUCACAUGUAUACGAGCAGCCUGGCCACGCUCACCAAGUACCCCGACUCCAGAAUAAGCCGCCUCUUCAACGGCACGGAGCCCAUUGUCCUAGACAGUCUCAAGCAGCAUUAUUUCAUCGACCGGGAUGGGGAGAUUUUCCGCUACAUCCUGAGUUUCCUGAGGACGUCCAAACUGCUGCUUCCGGAUGACUUCAAGGACUUCAACCUGCUGUACGAGGAGGCGAGGUACUACCAGCUGCAGCCCAUGGUGCGGGAACUGGAGCGCUGGCAGCAAGAACAAGAGCAGCGGCGCCGUAGCCGGGCCUGCGACUGCCUGGUGGUCCGGGUCACCCCGGACCUGGGUGAACGCAUCGCGCUCAGCGGCGAGAAGGCGCUCAUUGAGGAGGUCUUCCCGGAGACGGGAGAUGUCAUGUGCAAUUCCGUCAACGCGGGCUGGAACCAGGACCCCACGCACGUCAUCCGCUUCCCCCUCAAUGGCUACUGCCGACUCAACUCUGUGCAGGUCCUAGAAAGGCUGUUUCAGAGGGGCUUCAGCGUGGCCGCGUCCUGCGGGGGAGGCGUGGACUCCUCCCAGUUCAGCGAGUACGUACUUUGCCGGGAGGAGCGACGGCCGCAGCCCACCCCGACUGCCGUCCGGAUAAAGCAAGAGCCCCUGGACUAGGCCUUGCCUGCGACCCCCCUCAGUCCCGGGGCAUGGAAAUAGUGCUGAGGAGUCUUGACUGUUGGUGCUCCCCCGGUGAGCGCGGGAGACUCAGGGUGGGGACGGAGGGUCUGAGCUCAUCCCUGGGAAGGCCAGGUGUCAUGGCAACAGAAUGAGGGGGCGCCCAGCGGAAGGACUGUUGACGUGACCCGAAGAUGCUGCGGGCUGUGGCCAGCUCCCGAGCCCUUCUGCUCCUCGGCCUGGUACAGCGUCCUCUGCUGGGCCAGUCACUCCAGAGCAGCUGUUCUAUCUUCCACGCUUCGAGACGGCGGCAGGUCUCCCGGCGCUGGAGAUGGCUUAUUUUUCUACAGUAUUUAAAACGGAACUAACUGUCGCUGCACAGGUCAGCAAGGCCGACGAGGACCAUCGCUGCUCUUUUCCUGGUGCUCUGUUCUCAGCCCAACCUUCGGCAAACCUUGCGAAGGAUGGGCCGCCGGCGUUCGGGCCCAGGUGCCUGCUGAGCUAGGGCUGUGGGGACAGAGGUGGGGUGGUGCCGCCGCUGGAGGGGAUGGAACCAGGGUCCCCAAGGGGCAGGGCAGCGGGGAGGAGGGCACUGGGGCUGUGUGACUCUGUGGCUUUCAUCUGAGCUACUCCGCUGCCACCUGUGUCCCAGACUGCACUUGGUGCCAAGGGACUUCCAAUCCCGACUGACUGUGCUCACAUCUGGGUUCUUGGAGAAGUCUCUGCCCAUCCGGUCAGCUUGGGGCCACAGCUUAUCUCAGGAAUGGGCCCUUCUACCAAGGGACUCAUCUGUCAGCAUCCAUCUCUGGGUCCCCACUCAGGGAGCCACCCUCCACCCCAGCUCCAAUCUCCCCACACUCACAGGCACACCAAGUUUUAAUUAAAAUGUGCUAAGCUAGCCUGUCAGGAAGGCCCAGACCCGGGCUUACCCAGUGCCCUUAACCCCACAUUUCCAACACGGACUGGUCCUGAGAAGUCCUCACAGACCUGCUCUCUCCCGGACGACAGGCCCAAAAGACAGACACCCCAGCCUUGUCACCUCUCCCCAGCUCCUCCCAAGUGGGGGAACGGCAGAGAACUGAUGGAUGGGGUGCCCUGGCCGGCACCCCCUUGUGUAUAGCGCCUGUAGGCUUGUAUAUGACUCCUUUAAUAUUGUAAAGAAGCUGAUGUCCAACUGUUGUGUGUUUGUGUAAACACAUCGUCGCGUUCCCAGUUCCUGCCAUAAAGGACGCUAUGAAACAUAAGACUGAGGCUCCGUCCUGGGCGGAAACUGACGCCGGGUUCCCGGGUUCCCGACUUGUGGCAGAGAGGGUUGGGGCUGCCGUUUCCUUCCUGGGUUCUUGCAGUUCAAAUCGAGGAGGAAGGAGCCACCGUGGGUGUUGGGGGGAGGGUGCAGGGCUUGGUCACAAGCUCGCUGUUGUUCAUUGCAUUUGGGUGUUUUAGUUACUUCCGGGGGUCCCCUCUGGGCUGCAGGGGUUCUGGAGUCUGAGACCUUUAGCCCCUGACCAGAUAGCUGAGGGGUAGGUAAGCAGGUUUCUGAGGAGUUUGAGAACAGGCUCAAACAUUUGGGAUUUUUCUCAUGGUGUUUUAGUUGGAACUGAAUUGAUGCUCCUCUCCCUUCCCCUCUUCCCCACCCCCCCUUGAGAGAAAUCACUAUGUAUCCAGGCUGGCCUGGAACUCACUCUGUACUCUUGACUGGCCUGAGAGCCCCACGUCCUGGGAUUGCAGCCGCUUGCCCCGUCUCACUUGUUCACUUUAAACCAACACACACACCUGUAUGAGAAGGUGAUACAAUGUUUCAGGCCAGCCAAGGGACAGAGGCUUUGCAGCCAACCUGCAAACCGAAUCAGGAAGGAGUCUGCCCAUGUCAUAUAGGCCUCUGAUUUUAAUGAGUUUUUUUUAUUAUUAUUCAGAAGUUCCUGUACGCUUAAGCCCACGAGGGGGUCCAUUUUACAUGCAUGCCCAGGGUCACCAUCCCCAGAGCCUGGGAGUGUGAGGCCGCAGAGACGCCGUCCUCCCGUACGAUCUAAUUUGCUGGACAAACUUGUUUGGCCUCUCUGUUUAGGAGCCUGCCUACAGCUGGCACAUCUGCAUGCUGGCAUCAGGCAGGCACCUGAGAGGAGGAAGAGAGUCAUGUCUGUUAGCAAGGAAGUCUUGUGGAAACACCUAACGCUGUGUGCGUUCAUGGAUUUUUUUUUUUUUCCUAGCAUAAUAGCGUGGAACUCCACUCCUGAUGGAUGGAGAUCCUCUAGUACUUUCCAGCCAUCUUUUUGUGCAAGAAGCCGCAGCAGGGCAUAGUGGGCACUCCUAAAUCCUAGCAGUUGGGAGGCAGAGGCAGAAAGAUCAGGAGUUCAAGACCAUCUUCAGCUACAUAGCCAAGAUAUGUAAGCUCUAGGUACUUGGGAGACUGGGACAGGAGGAUCACAAGUUCAAGGCAAUCCUAGGCAGUUUAGUGAGACCCUGUCUUAAGAGGUGAAGGGUGGGCUGAGCAUGCCCAAGGCCCCAGGUUCAAUCCUAUCCCUCCUCACUCCCCAAAGCAGGGAAGACAAAUAAAGGUAAUGUUUACACCAA